AUGACCGUCGACAAUGAGAUCAAAGGCAGACUCGCCUUAAUAACAGGAGCUUCUGGCGGCAUUGGAGCUGCUUGUGCCCACGACUUGCUUGCUCAUGGGGUCAAUCUCGCUCUGACAUAUAGCACCAACAAGGACGCCCUCUCAGAGCUGGUCAAACAGCUGAGAGGGCACGAUGCAGGAUGUCAGGUCUCGAGCCACCAUUGUGACGUCGCUAAGGACCAGGAUCUGACCAGACUAUUUGACGAGGUUGAGCGUGAGCAUGGUCGACACCCCGACAUUCUAGUCGUGAACGCCGGCUAUGGCAAGCGGACGAGCAAUAUACUAGAUAUCAGUAUUGAUGAGUGGGACUACACAAUCAAUGUAAACCUCAGAUCCAGCUUUGUCCUCACCAAGCUCGCCGUACCACAUAUGCUCGAGCAACACUGGGGCCGCGUGGUCUACAUCUCAUCAAUAGCGGCAGGCGGCACAAGCAUUAACGGAUGUCACUACAGUGCUAGCAAGGCUGGAGUCCAAGGUCUGUCGAAGAACCUAGCUAGCAAGAUGGGUAAGGACGGAAUCACUUUCAACGAUGUCGCUCCGGCCAUGAUCACUGGUACAGGAAUGAUACCGACGGAAGACAACCUCAAAGGUACUCCAGGCGAUGUGAAGAACAUACCUGUAGGACGGAGCGGGUCGACACAAGAGUGUGCCAACGUGGUGACGAUGCUAUGUAGGACUGGCUACAUGACGGGUCAGAGCCUUCUACUCUCCGGAGGCUUGAAGUAG